AUAUGGACGAACAAGUAGACAGACUGGUCAAGAAGACAUGGGCCAAGUUUCAGCAAGUGCCCAGGUCCAAGCGAUUGAUGAUUGCCCUCGCCANNGGCAAAACAACUCUCGCUUCCGUCGUCGCAAAUCGAUUGAAUGAUCUUCACCAUGAACAAUUCCCUGCGCUGGCGCAAAACGACGAACCCGCUGCUUUUGUCCCAAUGGACGGCUACCACUUGUCGCGAGCACAGCUAGACGCCAUGCCCGACCCAACCACUGCCCAUGCAAGACGGGGCGCCGCAUUCACCUUUGACGCAGGUUCCUUUUUGGAGCUGGUCAAGAAUCUCCGCAAGCCCAUCACGCCAGAAACAAAGACAUUGUAUGCGCCAUCUUUUGACCAUGCUCAGAAGGACCCCGUCAAUGACGAUAUCCCCAUCCACCCAGAAGCUCGUAUCUUGAUCUUCGAGGGCAACUAUUUGAGUCUGGGCUCGGGCGCACCAGAGUGGAAGGAGGCAGCGGAGCUCAUGGAUGAGCUGUGGUUCGUCGAGGUCGAGGAAAACGUAGCAAGAGAGCGAUUGGUGAAGCGUCACGUCGAGGCCGGCAUCGCCAAAGACGAGGAAGAAGCGCGCAAGAGGGCCGACGAGAACGAUCUUGUCAAUGGCCGCGAGAUUGUACAAAACAGACUGAGCGUGCACGAGGUCAUCAAGUCAAAGCACGACGGCAGCUGGAAGCCAGAGAAUCAGGGCAUGGAUGCUGCCGACGUGAGCAGAGAGGCA